AUGUCAAGCAGUGGACCAUUCUGUACAGCUGUUGAAGCAAGAAGGCUCGUAGAAAAUCUGCUGUCGGAUUUGAGAACGCUUUCGACAGAGGCUAGAAAAAAGCAUUCACAAGUUAAAGAGGCUGCUGAAUCAGGUCUCGUAAAAAUAAAAAAUAUUAGUGCAGCAUCCAAUGAGCAAAAUUUGCUGACAAAUAUACGGUGUGCUAGUGCCGAGCUAUUACAACCACUUAUUUUGGGUUGUUCAAGUAGAAAUGCUCGUCUCGUUCAGGUGUCCUUGCAAGCCAUUCAAAAGAUGGUCCAACACCGAGUGAUUGAAUCCGCUUCUGCUCAUAUUAUUGUUAAUGAACUUUGGCAUUUGAUGGAAGCAGAGUGCGAAGAAUUGCGAGUUUUGCAAACAUUAACACCUCUUGUCAGCACUGAAUUACUGGUUACUGGGCAGUGGCUUGCAAAGUGCUUAGUGAUGUGCUUCCGUUUAAAUUUUGCAAAAGAUCCAAUUGUAAUAAACACUGCAUCAGCAACUGUACGACAAAUGGUGAAUUGUGUUUAUGAACGAGUUAUCCAGGAAGAUGGUUUGAAAGGUUAUGAUAUGCCAGUCAUUCAUCAUACUGCACGAACACAUGCGAAAGCUCCAGCACUGGCAUUAAGGUCGUGUGCUUUGGAUGGUUACAUGUUGUUCCAUGAUCUUUGUUUGCUUAUCAAUUCUGAAGCACCACUUUGGUUGGUUGGUAUUCAGGAAAUGACACGUACAUUAGGUUUAGAAUUGUUAGAAUCAGUGCUUUCUUCCUACCCAUCUGUAUUUAUCAAGCAUCCCGAAUUUGCUCAGUUAUUGAAAGACCAAGUAUGUCCCUUAAUCAUCAAACUGUUCGCACCGAAUCAUAAGCAGAUGCAGAUCACAUCGCAGCAUCCUUGUUCAAGUACACACGCAGCAUUAGAUUCCAUUUCAUCUCAAAUGCCUUGUUCACCGGAACGUAUAUAUUUUCCAAUUUCGAUGCGACUUUUACGUGUCGUUGUAAUUUUGAUUACGCUUUAUUAUAACUUAUUGGUAACAGAAUGUGAAAUCUUCUUGGCGUUACUUGUAAAGUUUCUGGAAUCCGAUAAGCUGGGAUGGCAGCGUGCUAUUGCUGUCGAAGUUUUGCACAAAAUUGUUGUUUUACCCGAGCUUUUAAUUUGGUUCUGUGAAAAUUACGACGCAAGGCCAGGUGCCACGAAAGCAAUUAAUUCUAUCGUAUCUGGCUUGGCAGCGCACGUACAAUUGUCGUUUUUGCGUCCCAAUGUAUCGGAAACUAUUGCUAAAGAUGAGGAACAAUUUGAGCCAAACAUUCAGUCAGGCUCACAACCAGGCUUCCAAUAUCGUGGUGUGUGGAUUCCACUUUGUCAAAGUAUUACUUCCAAGAAAUCGUUAUUGUUAGAUUCUUUAGAGAAGCAUGACGCACUUAAUUUACCUAAUGGCUAUUCGUUAUCUUUAACUUAUUAUUGUAUAUGCAGCUGCUGCCAAUCAGUUUUUGAAGCUAUUGAAUCUUUGUACUCACGAAAGGAAAAAGAAGAUGUAGCACGAGAGCUGUAUCAAUCAACUUAUACAAACCUUUUUGUUGCAAUUUCACUUUUUCUGGAUGCAAGUAUCGAUGAAUCGGUAACAGAACAACUCUUGAAAUGCUUUGUCACAAUGACACUUUUAUCAUGUCGGCUGGGUCAUACAGCUGGCCGUGAUGCCGCGUAUUUUGCACUGUGUAAAGCUGCGUUACCACCAAAGUAUUUAAUGCGAAUUGCAAGUGCUUCCAGUAGCUUAGGUCCCAUAUCAGGAUCUUUAAUUCCAGCUAGUCCUCACUUCGAGAAAGAUGCUUUGACUGGUUCUAAAGUGGAAAAGAUUGAAAAUGAAUCGGUAUCGAAUCAGCCAUGUCAAAUUAUAGCAGUUAGUACUAUCUGUCCAACUCCUUCACUUCCUUUAAAUUUUUACAGUGGAACUGUUGUGUUAACUGCCAAAAAUGUGCAAGUGGCACGUAUACUAAUAAGCUGUGCUGAAGCUAAUGGUCAAGAUUUGGGUGAUUGUUGGCAUCUUGUACUAGCUUCGAUGCAACAUUUAGUAUGGAUUUUGGGAAUGACCCCAAGUAUGCAAGGCGGAUUUCGGUCUGAUGGCGAAACCAUUGAUGGGACCUCACUUGUAAGUGGUUCGCACUCCAAUACCAAUGUUCUUACAACAGCUGCAAUGGCUGAUGUCCCCGUUGUAGCAGCCAUGCUGAAUAAAUUAUUUGAUUCGACAGCAAAGCUUGACGAUGUUGCAUUACAUCAUGUGAUUGCGGCGUUAUGUAAACUUUCUUCCGAAGCAAUGAUCGUAUCACAGAAUGGUUCCCGUGAGCCUUCUUUUUUUCCUGUUGCGAAGUUGCAGCAAACAGGGAUGGCAAAUCUUUCACGUUUAGAAGUAUUUUGGAGACCUGUAACAGCUCAUCUUAUUGAGGUAUCGGGACAUCCUUAUGCAAAGCUGCGAGAGUGGGGUGCACAAGCAUUAACAGUAUUAGUGAAAAGUGCUUUAAAAGUCAAAACUGCAGUUACAGAAUCGAAACGUCAACAGUUGAUACUGUCACCUUUAUCAAUAAUGUCUGAAAUUGAAUAUAUAGAUGUACGCCGGAAGCAAAUCGAAUGCCUUGUAAAUGUGUUACAAUCAGCUGGUCAGCAAUUAACUUCUGACCAGUGGCCAACCGUUAUUGAAACUGUCCGUGUUGUUGUGGCUGGGAAAUUAAGUUACGAUGAAGUACUGGUGAAACAAAGUUAUGAGGCAGUCGCUUUGAUGAUUACAGAUUUUCUCGAAAUAUUACCCUUCCAUUGCAUACAACUCCUUGUUGAGACUGAUGCAAAAUAUGGUUCUCAACAGUGCGAAUUAAAUAUAUCCCUCUCAGCCUUGGGACAGUUGUGGACAAUUUCUGAUUUUGUAUACCGGAAGAAUUCAAAACUUUCGCAAAAAGAAAGUGAAACAAUUUGGCUAGUGCUAUACAAUUGCUUGUCCGAAUUAUGCGUUGAUGUUAGACCACCAGUUCGUAAAAGUGCUUGCCAAACGUUGUUACAAACAAUUGCUGCUCAUGGUUUAGCGCUAAAAUCGGAUACAUGGAAACAUAUGGUUUGGAAGAUACUUUUCCCAAUGUUAGAUAAAGUACGAGCUCUAACACUUAGCGCUUCAACAACGCGAACAGAUAGUUCAGCUUUAGGUGCUUCAAACAUACUUAUACAUCAUUCGAGAGAUACCGAAUCAAAACAGUGGGCUGAAACAUCAGUUCAAACCCUCAGCGGCAUUGUCAAAAUUUUCAGUGCUCAACGAGCAGUUCUACUUUCACUUGAUGAUUUUCCGACAAUGUGGGCAACUCUUCUUCAUUAUAUCGAAUAUUUGGCUGCAUCUGAUAAUAGUGAAAUGACGUUGGCUGCACUUAAAAGUUUCCAGGAAUUAUUGUUGGGUAAAAUGUCACAAGGCUGUGAGAUGGGUAAAAGAGAAAAGUUUGUCAACUCUCCUCUUGGAAAUUGUGUUGGUGAUGAAUCGCCUGUUUUACCGGAACAUUUAUGGAUUGCUUGUUGGAAGAGCUGGAUGGUUAUGUCACGGUCGCUGGUUUUGGCCAAACCUUUCAAAGUUGAUUUAUCAUCGGACGUUAUGAUGCCCUUAUCUGAGAGGAGUGGAGGGAAUUUUAUCCCUGGACAAAUACAUCUCAUCACAUUACUCCAUAUAUUCACUCCUUUAUUUGAACGAGUUCGGAAGAAAAUCCCAUGUGAUGAUUUGAAAUAUGAUGAAGUGCCGAGUAUUUUGAAGGGUAUUGUUAGUGUUCCACUAACUGCAGAACAAGUUCCAUUUGUAUUAUCGAGUGUAAAUGACAUCAAUCCAACUCUAGAAGCCGUUCUCAGUUGUGUCCGAAUUAUAUAUCAGGAUAUGUUGGAUACAGGUUCAUCGUUGCGCCCAGCUUUGCCUGAUCUCAUCCGUUUAAUGCUUGAUUUCACAACUUUUGCAAUUCAUCCACCUGAAUAUGAAUCAAACAAAGCCGAAAAUAAAGGUGUACAAAAUAUGGUGAUUUUUGCUGAGUUAUCAUUACGAACAGUGGUAGAAUUCUACGCUGGUACCGCUCAUUUCCAAGAAAUUAUACAGUCUACUGUAUUUGUUGAUAUUGUUAAGUGUUUGGCGCAACCAAUGGAAUUAAAAUACCAAUGUCCCUCUCAAAGUACGUGGAAAGCAGCAGCGUCAGCAUUCGGCACAGUUUUACGACUAGGUCUUCCUAUUGCCAGACAGCAUUCUCGUUAUUUUAAUGCAAUUUGGCCGGUAAUCGCUGAGACAUUAGAUCGUUUUCUGUUCAACAAUAGUCGUCCAUCAUGUCCAUUAAAUGCUGAUGAACGAAAAAGGCAUGAAUUUAUCGAUUGUCAGUUGAUAGAAUUGAUUAGAACUGAGAUGUUGCCGUACGCAAGUGUAUUUCCAACUGAUUUUAUCCAGAAAAUAAUCGAUAUACUGAAUCGUGGUUCUAUAAGCACUGUGGAUUCCUCUGAUGUCUUUGCUUUAGACACAUAUGCGCAACGAGCGGAGUUAUCUAAAGUAUGCUUUGAAGCGCUGCUAUCAAUGAGUCAAAAUGAGGAGCAACCAGAUAUAGUACGAAGUGCGGCACCAGUGCAUUUUCUUAGUGAAUCAGUUGUUGACGAUAUCAAAGGAGUAAGUGGAAGUGAAAAAAGAAGACAGUGUAUUGUAUCAUCAAGUUUAGGUAUUUCUGCAAUCUCGUCAUUGCUGGCUAGAUGCAAAGAAGUAAUGUUAUCGUUUGUCCGUGAUCAACUAAACGCUGGACAGUUGCGUCUUUCUCAGGAAAGAAUUGUUGAAAUGACAUCUGUGUUGCACGCUGUGAGUACACUUAUUGAAGGACUUGUACGUCAUGCUGAUAACUUCAAUUUGGAAUUCUAUACAGAAUUGGUUAAUCUCUAUCCAACUCUAGUAGACUGUGUAGCAAGCACCAAAGCAGAUCCUCAGAUCGAGCAAGCAUUGAUUACUUCUCUUAAAUCCUAUCAAAUAUUAUUAUUGCUGAAUGUACAUAAAUUCGAUAAAGAGCGGCAUUAA